CCCCUGCACCCGCGCUCCGCCACCUCCCAGGGAUUCACGCUACUUCCGGGAGGCCCUCGGCCCUGCGCAGGAACCAGGCGCGCUUGGGGGCGGGGCUUUGUGACGUCACCGAGGUAACGCUCAUCCCGCCCCCCGUCUUUCGACGCAUGCGCACUUUCAUCGAGGACUUCAUUUCCCGGAAUGCCCGGUGUGCGGGCAGGUGACCGCUGACGGUGCCCGGCCUGGACGGUGGCCUGCGGGGCAGGGGACAGGAUGGCGGAUCAGAGAGUCUUCCCGCUGUCGUGCAAGGUGCAGCAUUAUGCGUGGGGCAAACUGGGGUCCGACAGCGAGGUGGCCCACCUGCUGACCAGUGGUGAUCCACUGGCCCAGAUUGAGGAAGACAAGCCAUAUGCAGAGCUCUGGAUGGGCACCCACCCCCGGGGGGACGCUGUGAUCCUUGACAACCGCAUCGCCCAGAAGACUUUAGGGCAGUGGAUCUCCGACAACCCCACUUGCUUGGGGUCAAAGGUCAAAGAUGCCUUCCAGAGCCAGCUGCCCUUCCUGUUCAAAGUGCUGUCAGUCAACACAGCCCUAUCCAUCCAGGCGCAUCCCAACAAGGAGCUGGCAGAGAAGCUGCACGCUCAGGCCCCAGAACACUAUCCAGAUGCCAACCAUAAGCCCGAGCUAGCCAUUGCCCUCACCCCUUUCCAGGGCCUUUGUGGCUUCCGGCCUGUUCAGGAGAUCGUGGAGUUUCUUCAAAAGGUGCCUGAAUUCCGGGCCCUGAUUGGCAACGCGGCGGCCGAACAGUUAGAGCGGAGCGUGGGGGAUGAUCCCCGCGGGGUGGCCUCCGCCUUGCGUAUCUGCUUCACCAGCAUGAUGAAGAGUGAGAAGAAGGUGUUUGUGGAGCAGCUCAAUCAGCUCGUCAGGCGGAUCUCCCAGGAAGUGGCCGCCGGAGAGAAUGUGUCCGCCAGCAACGGGGAGCUCCUGCUGCAGCUGCACACUCAGUACCCGGGCGACAUUGGCUGCUUUGCCAUCUAUUUCCUGAACCUGAUGAGGCUGCGGCCGGGGGAGGCCAUGUUCCUGGAAGCCAACGAGCCCCACGCUUACCUGAACGGAGACUGCGUGGAGUGCAUGGCCUGCUCAGACAACACGGUGCGGGCCGGCCUGACGCCCAAGUUCAUCGACGUGCUGACUCUCUGCGAGAUGCUUAACUACACGCCCGCCCCCAGUAGUGCCAAGCUGUUCACCCCCGUGCAAGACCGCCUGGACCCCUGCGUCUUCACCUACGAUCCGCCCGUGCCCGACUUCACCGUCAUGAAGAUAGAGGUCCCCGCUUCCGCCAAACCGUACGCGGUCUCGGCCCUGGAUUCCGCCAGCAUCUUGCUGGUGGUGCGGGGAGAAGCAGUGGGCACCUCAACCGCGGCCCAGUCCGAGCUAGCCCUGCGACGCGGCGUGGUGCUCUUCAUCGCGGCCAACGAGAGCGUCUCUCUUCAGAUCACCUCAUCCGGCAGCCUGCUGAUGUUCCGGGCCUGCUGCUUGCUGUAGUCUUCCGUGUCCUCGCCCCUGCCCCCCUUGGAGAUGUCCCCCCUCCUCGGGUGGUAUGUCCCCAUGACCAGGACUUAGACAAGUGCCUCAGAGCAGCGGCAGCCCCGGUCCCCGCACCCGGUCCCGGUCACCAAUUGAUCAGUCAGUGAUAUUUAAUAAGCACGGUACCAAGCGCUUUGGAGAUCCUGGGUCAAUUGGCCUUGGGGUGGAAUAGGAGACGUAGAAGCAUCUUGGCAUUGGUUUUCAUUGCGCCAUCUUGGAGACCUCACCUCCCUGGGAAAGCAUCGGGGAAAGGACGGAGAAUAGAGGAAGAGUCUCUAGGGAUUAAGGGACUAGGUUUCUCCAAGUGCCUGGCUCCUCUGGUUGAGAUUUGCUUGGUCCCUGGGCCUGUGUGGGAAACAGGGAUGGGUGGGUCCUAUUUCCCGCUGAAAGCCUUCCCCCUGCCCCCCACCUUCCUCACCAUCCUUUCCUGAGCCCUGCAGAAGGGUCUGCAGGUCCUUUCGCCCCUCUGGCCUAGUCGUGAUUACAGAAGCGACAUGGCCAAGUGGAAAGAGCAGGGGCUGGGAGGCAGAGGAACUGGGUUCUGAUCCCGGCUCUGCCACUUACCUGCUA